AUGAAUAAGCUACGGCAGAGUUUCCGGCGGAAGAAAGACGUGUACGUUCCUGAGUCCAGCCGACCGCACCAGUGGCAGACGGACGAGGAGGCGGUCCGCAGCGGAAAGUGCAGCUUCGCAGUCAAGUACCUGGGUCAUGUAGAGGUGGAGGAGUCCAGAGGAAUGCACAUCUGUGAGGAUGCAGUGAAGCAGCUCAAGACGGCAGGGAAGAAGGCAGUGAGAGCGGUGCUGUGGGUCUCGGCAGACGGUCUCCGUGUAGUAGAUGACAAAACUAAGGACCUGAUCCUAGACCAGACAAUAGAGAAAGUAUCGUUCUGCGCUCCGGACAGGAACUUUGAGAGAGCGUUCUCCUACAUCUGUAGAGAUGGAACUACUAGACGCUGGAUCUGCCACUGCUUCAUGGCUAUCAAGGACUCGGGAGAGCGUCUGAGCCACUCGGUGGGCUGUGCCUUCGCUGCCUGUCUGGAGAGGAAACAGAGGAGAGAGAAGGAGUGUGGUGUCACGGCAACCUUCGACUCCAACAGAACCACAUUCACCAGGGAGGGCUCGUUCCGAGUUACCACGGCGACGGAAGCCGCUGAGCGAGAGGAGGUCAUGAGGCAGUUACAGGACAAGAAAGCAGAGGGCGAUGUCAGGCCCUCCAUCGCUCUCUCCUCAGGCCCCAGCGAGGGUGUGGUGAACCAGGCUGUGGCCCCUCUACCAGGGCCACCGUCCCCCUCCUCCUCUCCUCCCCAGGGCCCCCAGGUUAUCCCCCGCAGACACGCCCCAGUGGAGGUCCUGGCCAGACAGGGUUCCUUCAGAGGGUUCCCUGCCCUCAACAACAACUCUUCUCCCUUCAAACGGCAGCUGUCCCUCAGGAUGAACGAUCUGCCCUCUACCAUGCAGAGGAGUUCUGACUUCUCCAUGAAGAACACAGUCCCAGAGAUGGAGGGAGAGGGGGACAGCAUCAGCUCGUUGUGUACCCAGAUCGCCUCAGCCUUCAGUGGGCCUCCUGAAGACCCCUUCUCCCAGGCCCCCAUGCCCCGACCAACCUCCUCCCCACAGUCACCUGUAGCGCCCCCGGGGGCUCAGCCAGCACUGCCCCCUCCACUUCCUGCCCGAGACACUAACCCCUGGGCCAAGACUCCUGGCCACGCAGGGCAUCAUACACCCCCGACCUCGUCCUCAGCACACCCAGGAGGUGAUUGGACGACCCCAGUGAUUGUAGCUCCUCCCUCCGCCACAUCGUCUCCUUCUCACCACUCCCACCGCCGUACGCCGUCGGAGGCUGACCGCUGGCUCGAGGAGGUCACCAAGUCUGUCCGCACUCCGCAACUCGGGUCCACACCCCCCUCCCAACCGUUCCUCACCCCCAACCCCCCAGCCUUCUCCAUCCCCCCAACCCAGGCUUUCAUUGUCCCCAUGCCUUCCACCCAGCCCUUCCCUGCCACACUACCCCCUAACCAGGCCUUCCCUGCCACACUACCCCCUAACCAGGCCUUCCCUGCCACACUACCCCCUAACCAGGCCUUCCCUGCCACACUACCCCCUAACCAGGCCUUCCCUGCCACACUACCCUCUAACCAGGCCUUCCCUGCCACACUACCCCCUAACCAGGCCUUCCCUGCCACACUACCCCCUAACCAGGCCUUCCCUGCCACACUACCCUCUAACCAGGCCUUCCCUGCCACACUACCCCCUAACCAGGCCUUCCCUGCCACACUACCCCCUAACCAGGCCUUCCCUGCCACACUACCCCCUAACCAGGCCUUCCCUGCCACACUACCCCCUAACCAGGCCUUCCCUGCCACACUACCCCCUAACCAGGCCUUCCCUGCCACACUACCCCCUAACCAGGCCUUCCCUGCCACACUACCCCCUAACCAGCCCUUCCCUGCUACACUAACCCCUAACCAGGCCUUCCCUGCCACACUACCCCCUAACCAGCCCUUCUCCACACCCCCUUCCCAGGCCUUCUCCACACCCCCUUCCCAGGCCUUCUCCACACCCCCUUCCCAGGCCUUCUCCACACCCCCUUCCCAGCCCUUCUCCACACCCCCUUCCCAGGCCUUCUCCACACCCCCUUCCCAGGCCUUCUCCACACCCCCUUCCCAGGCGUUUGCUGUACCCACCCCCCCAACCCAGGAAGUUGCCCCUGUGGCCUUCAUGUCCUCCCUGCCCCCUGCGAUUCCCAUGCUGCCCCCUCGCCAGCCUGCCUACCACACCCAGGCCCCAGCCUCCUACCCCAUGUCCAACGGGCUGCCCUAUGCCCAUCCCAGUGUGCCCGUGAUGGGCAUCACACCCUCUCAGAUGGUGGCCAAUGUGUUUGGUUCAGCCACUCAGCCCCAGGCGUACCCCACCCCCCAGCCCCAGGCGUACCCCACCCCCCAGCCCCAGGCGUACCCCACCCCCCAGUAUGACCCUGUUCAGCACACUGUGUGUAUCCCCUUCAGUAACCCCCACCAGCAGCCCCUUCCCUUCCAGGCACCCAAUGGGAGUGUAGCCUUCAACGGGGGUGGGGCCGACAGCUGGGCCCCUCCCUCCCUGCCCCCGCCGUCCUCCCCGGCCCCUCCCCUGCCCCCGCAACCCCUGGCGACGGCCGAUCCCUUCGAGGCCAAGUGGGCCGCCCUGGAGAGCCGCUCCCGCCAGCGCACCACGCCGUCGCCCACUAACCCCUUCUCCUCCGAGCUGCACAAGACCUUUGAGAUCCAACUCUAGAGCCUGAGAAGCUAGGAGGAGGAGGUGGACUGGGACUGAGGAGGAGGUGGACUGGGACUGAGGAGGAGGAGGAGGUGGACUGGGACUGAGGAGGAGGAGGUGAAGGGGAGAGGAUACUUUUUUAAUGAAUUUGCAGGUUGGUGAGAGACGGAAGAGGAGCAGACUAGCCUUUCUCUCAGUCUCUACAUCCGCCUGGAUUGGCUUAGUGGAGGACCUGAGUGGAGGAGAUGGAUGGGUGGAGCUAUCAGCAGGGAUGAAGGAUGGAAACAGUGGGACGGGAAGGAGAAAUGGAUGGGUGGAGCUAUCAGCAGGGAUGAAGGAUGGAAACAGUGGGACGGGAAGGAGAAAUGGAUGGGUGGAGCUAUCAGCAGGGAUGAAGGAUGGAAACAGGAAGGAGACAUGGAGGUGCUGCUGCUUACCAGACAUUUAAUUUGUAUUGUGGGUUUAGUUGUGUUGUUGCUUUGGAUGACAUGGAAGUGGACAUGAUGACCCUGUGGAGUGGUAGAUCUGAGACCACACAGCCCCAACCCCAGCCCCGACCCCCAGCCCCGAGCCCCAACCCGAGCCCCAACCCGAGCCCCAACCCGAGCCCCAACCCGAGCCCC